AUGGAGGAAUUAGGUUUAGCUACAGCAAAGGUUACAGUAACAAAAGAAGCUUCACAUCAUCGUGAAGCAGAUUUAUAUCAAAAAAUGAAAAGUUUAGAAAGUAAAUUAGAUUUUUUCAAUAUUCAAGAGGAAUAUAUUAAAUAUGAAUAUAAAAACUUAAAAAGAGAGUUAUUACAUGCUCAAGAAGAAGUUAAACGUAUUAGAUCCGUACCAUUAUUAAUUGGUCAAUUAUUAGAGAUGGUUGAUUCAAAUACUGGUAUUGUUCAAUCGACAUCAGGAUCAACAUUAUGUGUAAGAAUUUUAAGUACAAUUGAUAGAGAACUUUUAAAACCAUCAGCCUCUGUGGCCUUACAAAGACACUCAAAUGCAUUGGUUGACACUUUACCACCAGAAUCAGAUUCAAGUAUUCAUCUUUUGGGUGCUGAUGAAAAACCAUCAGAAAGUUACUCUGAUAUUGGUGGUGGUGAUAUUCAAAAACAAGAAAUGCGUGAAGCUGUAGAAUUACCAUUAACUCAUCAUAAUUUAUAUAAACAAAUUGGUAUUGAUCCACCAAGAGGUGUAUUAUUAUAUGGUCCACCAGGUACUGGUAAAACUAUGUUAGCAAAAGCAGUUGCACAUCAUACUAGUGCAGCAUUUAUUCGUGUUGUUGGUUCAGAAUUUGUUCAAAAAUAUUUAGGUGAAGGUCCACGUUUAGUACGUGAUGUCUUUAGAUUAGCAAGAGAGAAUUCACCAGCUAUCAUUUUUAUUGAUGAAAUUGAUGCUAUUGCCACCAAACGUUUUGAUGCACAAACUGGUGCUGAUCGUGAAGUUCAACGUAUUCUUAUGGAAUUAUUGAAUCAAAUGGAUGGUUUUGAUGUAUCUGUAAAUGUAAAGGUAAUUAUGGCAACCAAUCGUCAAGAUACUUUAGAUCCUGCACUCUUACGUCCAGGUCGUCUUGAUCGUAAAAUUGAAUUCCCAUUACCAGAUCGUCGUCAAAAACGUUUGAUUUUCCAAGUCAUCACAUCAAAAAUGAAUCUUUCUGAUGAAGUCGAUUUAGAAGAUUACGUUAGUAGACCAGAUAAACUUAGUGGUGCUGAAAUUCAAUCCAUUUGUCAAGAAGCUGGUAUGCAUGCCAUUAGAAAGAAUCGUUAUGUUAUCCUUCCAAAAGAUUUUGAAAAAGGUUAUAAAGCAUCAAUUAAGAAAAAUACUCAUGAAUUUAAUUUCUAUAAUUAA